AAUUCAGCUGAACAUAGUGUAUUACAGCGGUUUACAGAGAAAUAAAGAGUCUCACUGCUGAAAGGAGCCGCUCCCUGUCAGACGUCACUCAGGGCAGCAGUGCUACACACACACAUACAGACAGGGAGACACUUCCGGGUUGGCUCUGCGGGGUUUUGUUGUCCCUCCGCCCGCAGAGCUGUUCUCUGGACCCGAGGCCUGUUCGGAAGCUCGGCCCUCGGCUGUAGUUUCCACACGGACCGCACACCCACGACCGGCUCGUCGGAACCGAGGAGGCGGCGGCGGAGAGAGGCAGCGGGAGCAGCGGGGCCGCGGAGAGCAGCUGCCCGGGGAUCGGUGAGGCUGGGCUGGGGCUGAGAUAUCAGGAGGAGACUCCCACCCCCAUGGUGGAUCUGUUUUAACCUCACAAGCCUCCAAACUACCAGAGGACUUCAGGGAAACUUGUGCUGAGCCGCCGGGAGACUGCGAGUAUGUGGUCGAGGCCACGGGCGUUGUAGGAUGAAGAGCCCGGCGCACCGCACCAGGGACAUCGAGCGCCAAGCUGGCUACCUGAGGCCCGAGCACUGUGCCCCUCCCCCGCUCCGCAACAGCUCCGACACCAUGUGGUUCAUCCGCGACGGCUGCGGCAUCGUGUGCGGCGUCAUCACCUGGCUCCUGAUCUUCUACGCCGAGUUCGUUGUGGGGUUUGUGAUGCUGCUGCCCGCCAAGAACAUUAUCUACAGCUUCUUCAACGGGGUGCUCUUCAGCAGCCUCGCCUUCCUCGCCCUCGCCUCUCACGCCAAGGCCAUGUGCACAGACCCGGGAGCCGUGCCUAAAGGAAACGCUACCAAAGAAUUCAUCGAAAGCCUGCAGCUCAAACCAGGACAGGUGGUGUACAAGUGUCCCAAGUGCUGCAGCAUCAAGCCGGACCGAGCUCAUCACUGCAGUGUGUGUAAACGCUGCAUCAAGAAGAUGGACCACCACUGUCCCUGGGUGAACAACUGUGUCGGAGAGAGCAACCAGAAAUACUUUGUGCUCUUCACAAUGUACAUUGCACUUAUAUCCUUCCAUGCACUCAUCCUGGUGGCUUUUCAUUUCGUGCUCUGCUUUGAAGAAGACUGGACAAAGUGCAGCAACUUCUCUCCACCAGCAACCGUCAUCCUCCUCAUCCUCCUCUGCUUUGAAGCUCUCCUCUUUUUGAUCUUCACCGCCGUCAUGUUUGGGACUCAGGUUCACUCCAUCUGUACCGAUGAGACGGGUAUCGAGCAGCUGAAGAAGGAGGAGCGACGAUGGGCCAAAAGGUCUAAAUGGAUGAAUCUGAAGUUGGUGUUUGGCCAUCCCUUCUCCGUAUCCUGGCUGAGCCCGUUUGCUAAACCCGACCACGGCAAGGCGGACGUUUACCAGUACAUAGUGUGAAAGCCGGAAACGAAGCUGAGCUCUGCUGCUGUGGAAUAAGACUGAUCGGUCCCGGGUCUGACGUCCUAUUGGCCGGACCUGAACGAGCAUGAACUCCUUUCAACCACAUACACAUUUUCUUUCAUUUAUUGAAAUUUCAGGGUAUUCUAGUGUUGUUGUUUCUUUACAUUUUAUAGUUUCCCUCUUGGUGCUGACUGAGAUUAAUGAUGUGUAGCUCAACAAAACCAACUGAGCAACUUGCAAAGGAGCACUUACUAAGAGUUGGUGAAACGACACAGAGAGAGUUCCGCCUUCUCCCGAGUCCAUGUUCCUGCAUCAUUUCCUGCUUCCAAUACUAAACAAUGGGAACUGAAGUGCAGGAGUUUUUUUUUGCACGGAGCAGCACUGUCCAUGUAUUUCUUUUUUUUUUUUCACCAUCUCUGUGAUCCUGUCCUGUUUUUUUCUGUAUUUCUCUUGAUGCAAUAGUAUUUAGCUGGAUGCUGCGGAUCAUGUUGCCUUAGAACAGUGCAUUAGUGAACGGUGGCAUCUAUUGUUUUUAAAAGAAAUGUUGUUUUUGCCUUAAUGUGAAAGUCAGGGUGAGACACCAGUUCAUAUUGUUUUAAAUCCCGAGUCUCGUUGAAGUAAAUGGGGAAAGUAUUCUGACUUUUGGUGGAUUUGUUCAGGUGAUCUUUGUCCAUUUGAUAAAGUUUUGAUUUACUCUGUGGAGUUUUUGUUGGAAGUAAACCUCCGAGAAAGUUAGAACAAAUCACAUGUAAGAGCAAUAUGAGUAAGUUUUUAGUGCUGUAAGAAGAAGUAGAGAAGCAUUAGUCUCACAGUGGCCAGUUAAAGUCUUAAUCCUUAAGAUUUUAGUCCUGGUUGAUUUGGUGUUUAUUUACAUUGCAACCAAACAAACUCAUGCUGCUUUAAUUAAGAAGUGGGUCAAUAAUUAGUAGUUUUACAUGAUCAUCAGCAAAUUAGAUCUGAUUCAUGCUGCACAAGUAGUUUACCACCAUAGACAGUUUAUAAAGAUGAACGACGAGUAUCCGCUGCCUCCUGCUAUCCAGAAAUCAUGUCAAAAAUAUUAUAUAUAAUAAUUUGACUUCUUACUUUGGUCUAUGUCCCAUCCACAAACAUGGAGAAGGGGCCAGUGGUCUUACUCAGUCAGUGCUGCUUGCUUGUCAGUGCCAACUCUUGCGACAAAUCAAUUGUUUCCUUUUGAUUCCUUCACAGUGAAAGCGAGUGAGUGUUUUGCAAGUUGAGUGCUUUUAGUGUGAACGGUAAAUGUAAAGAGUGUCAGUAAACACAGCACAGGUUUUAAAUGAAUUUGCAGAAAUGAGUCGAAAGAAAAUAGAAGUACCCGUUUCCUUCCACAUUCGUUCUAAGAGACAGUUGGUGUGUAUUUGCAGAAGAAUGAGAUGACGCAAGUGGAGGAGCCCCGAUCGGAUGUUUUAAUCUGCAGCAGUUUUCUUUGUCUCUGCAGUGGAAGUAUAAUUGAAUGAAUGUUUUGUGAUUUAUUUUUGUUACACUAAGUCUUUUUCCGUUGACCUUUGUCGCAUUCUGUUUUUUAUCGUUACACAAACUUUUCCACCUCAGCCAAGCGUAAAAACAUUUAAAAAUUGCUGUUUGUUGUAAAAAAAAAUUACUAUUGAUUCAUUUCAGGACAAUCUUAAGGAUUACAACUUUAAAAUCUGAGACAUUGCAGGUGAAGACAAUUGUUUUUAAUCUAAGAGGAAACAUGUGGAAGGCUGUGUGUUAAACUCCCAUCAGGCAGUUUGACCGGCGUCCUUUUGUUCAUUUGACACGUCUGUGCAGUAAACGUAGACGACCUCCUCGCUUUGAUCAUUAUCACAGUCACCAGCUUAGAUGGAAAAGUCAGGGAAUAAAAAAAAAGACGUUGCUCUCUGAAUGCACUGGAGUGUAAUUGACACGCUCUCAUUUGAGGGAAUUAGUUCAUGGAUAAUCCAGUUUGUCAUAGAUGGUGGACGUGAGCCUGACUGGAGGCAGCGGUGAAGCCUCACAGGGUGAAAGUGUGAUUACAAAUUUGGGGCGAGUGGAAAACGUUUGCCUGAAAGAAUGAGUCUAGAAAUGCCCGUCACAGCUGCGGACAUUGCCGGGGCCACCCAGUGUGACGAGGAGAAUUUCACCCGGACAGGAAACGGGCCACUUCCGAACAUUUCCACACAAACAAAAAAGGCCUUUGCCCAGAUGUGUCUGAACGCCUUACUUAUUACUGCAUCAUGUUUUAUAGAUGAGCAGAAUCCUGAGAACAUUAACCUACGUGUUGCCAAAUUGAACCCCCUUGAUCAACGGAGGCAGUGAAGUGACCAUUUCAAGUGUAGAGCAUGCAUUGUCAGGAGUGACGUUUUCUUAGAUUUUUAAAAUCACUAGGAGUUUUUUAAUCGAUGUCAAAACGUUGCUACACGGUGCACAGACACAGUAAACCAGCGUUCUUCUUUUUCUUCAGUGUUCUGCGUGGUCGGGGUUUGAAUUACCGAGGACCACGUUUUGUUUUUCUUUGUUAAUUUUGACUGUGGUAUGUUUAAAUGGGAAUGAAAUAAAACUAUGUGACUGCUUUAUA